AUGGAAAAACUGUAUCAUCUCUUCCUUUUUAUUAUUUUAGUAGUAAUCAUACCUACAUUAGUGCAGGCUAAUGUUAAAGAACAAGAUUCAUAUUGGGAUAAUCUACUUCCAUUCAUUAAUGAUACAUAUUGGCGGGAAAAAGCAGCAAAAGCUGAAGAAACAAACAACAAAGUUUAUACACCUAAUCCAUAUACUGUGACUGAAAAUCUUACUUCUGGUGUUAGCGAAAUGAUAAUUGGCGAAAACUCAAGAAAAAGGAGUCUAGUAGAAAAGACAAAAUUAAGAAGAGGUCAACCAUGCAUCGCGACAAACCCUAUUGACAGGUGUUGGAGGUGUGAUCCUAAUUGGGCAAAGAACCGCAAGAAACUUGCAGAUUGCGCGCAAGGUUUUGGAAGGAAAACUACUGGUGGAAAAGCCGGACGUAUCUAUGUGGUAACCGAUUCCUCGGAUAAUGACAUGGUUAAUCCACGUCCAGGUACCCUUAGGUAUGCAGUUACAAGAAAUAGACCUUUGUGGAUCAUCUUUGCUAGUAGCAUGGUCAUUAGGCUCAACCAGGAACUCAUAAUGACAAGUGACAAGACCAUUGAUGGACGAGGGCACAAUGUUAUCAUUGCUAGAGGUGCCGGGUUUACUAUCCAAUUCAUUAAUAAUGUGAUCAUUCACGGAAUCAAAAUUUUUGACAUUUCGCCUGGCAAUGGGGGGUUAAUUAGAGAUGCUGAGAACCAUUUUGGUCAAAGGACAAGGAGUGAUGGUGAUGGAAUUUCAAUUUUCGGUUCCAGCAAUAUUUGGAUUGACCAUGUUUCUAUGAGAAACUGCAAAGAUGGACUCAUUGAUAUUAUCAUGGGAUCCACUGGUAUUACCAUUUCAAAUUGUCAUUUCACCGAUCACAAUGAGGUGAUGUUGUUUGGUGCAACUGAUAGCUAUGACGGUGAUAAGAAAAUGCAGGUCACACUUGCAUUCAACCAUUUCGGUAAGAGAUUAAUUCAAAGGAUGCCAAGGUGCAGAUAUGGUUUUAUCCAUGUGCUUAACAAUGACUACACUCAUUGGGAAAUGUAUGCAAUUGGUGGUACCCAACAUCCUACCAUUAUAAGUGAGGGUAACCGAUUUAUAGCUCCUAACAACCCCAAUGCUAAAGAGAGGUAUGCAUCUACUCAUAAGUCAUGCUUAGGCAUAUAA